CAGUUCUCCAUCUUCAAAUCUCCUUCAAGCCGUCAAAGGAAAUUACAAGUAUUUUGAUGAGUUGCUGCUAAAAAUGACUACUUUAUAUGGGUUGCUGCUAAAUUCUUCCGUUUUGGGUCAUAAAAAUGGAAACCCAAUGCUUUCGUUUCGAUAUCGAUUGUCUACUGAAGUCAAUUCUAGAGACUUGAUUGCUUGUAAUUUUGUACCAAAAUGGAAUUUAAGGUCAGAGAUCAAUUAUUCAAACAAGAGGCAGAUUCGACCUCGGUUUUCGAUGUCUAGGGGAGGAAGUUAUGGAUUAAAGUUUGAUGAUGAGAGUGAUGAGGACCCAUUUUGGGUGCAUUUUUCUAAGGAAACAAUCAGGGGUUUGAAGUCUUUGCUUGCUUUCCUUGCUCAACAACCUGAGCAGCUGAAGUACAUAGAAUGGCCGAGUUUUCAGGACACGCUACGAACUGCCACCCUCACCCUUGUACUUGUAGCUGCGCUUGUUGUUGCUUUGUCCUCAAUUGAUGCAGCUCUUUCUUAUGUGUUGGCUCUACUUCUGCGAAAACCUGCAUAAUGCAAACUGUUUUUGGGCUCAACUCUAGCUUAAUCACAAAGAAACACUAAACAUAUCUGUAGCGUUGACUAAUCUGUAGCUUGAUCACAUCAUUUCAUUUUUGUGAGGCUCAUCAUGAUAUAUUUAAAUUGUAUACAGUGUAGAGUACGGACUAGUGAACUAGGACAAAAGGCUUUGGUAAAAAGAAUGAUAGAAGUUAAGUCUUGUUUGCCUAUUAUUUUGAUUCGCCAUUAUUAUGCAAUUUGGUUUAAUAUCUUAUGGCACAUGAAGUGUGUAGUCUGUGUACUACCCUUAGUGCAGAAGUAUCAUUGAAUGAUGUGUUAAUGUUGUAUUACCUUCAAACCAACCUGUAUCUUCUA